AAAAUGUGGCCACUUAUAAGCCGCACACCAUUUGGAGUUUUUCAACUUAAAUUCCCGUCUCCUCCACCCGUCAUUACAGACCAAUCUGCGUAGGAACGUCGAAGGGCAGGUUUGAAGAGCACCUUUCCACCACACCUCCUCCUCCUGCAACUCUUCUAGGAUCGAUCUCAUAAGGUGCUUUGUUUUAGAGAAACAUCACAAUUCCCGUAGUAAGCUUUGGGAGCUCUAAUGAUUCCUUUUAAGUUGCUUGACUACGAUGCAGAGAGAGGUUUGGAGGAAACAAGAACUUUCUUUCCUGCCAAUAAUCCGAUGCUCAUCCAUUUCGAUGAAAUAUACUCAUUAACCAGGGGUGGAGUUGUGACAAUGGAGAAAGAGGACCAUUCAACUGAUUCAUGUCGAGGAAUGAAGCAUUUCCUUUCAGGUGAAAGUGAACUAGUAGAAGAAAAAGUAGAGGGAAUGAGCAGGAAGCAGAGUGCAACUUAUCAAGAGGAGGAUGACUUAUCAGAAAUGUUUGAUAAGGUUCUGUUGUGUACUGAUGAUUCUACAUCUCAAGCAGGCAAACAACAACAAGAACAACAACAAAAAGGACGAAGUGCUCACAAAGGUCAUGCAAAUAAACGAGGAGAUACUUGUGAAAUUGUGAAUGUGGAGUCUCUUCUACUCAGCUGCGCAAAGUCAAUUGCAGCUGCUGAUUACAAGGUGGCAGCAAAACAACUAAGGACGAUCAGGCAAUACUCUUCCCCUGCUGGUGAUCCAAACCAAAGGCUGGCACAUGCAUUUGCUAAUAGCCUUGAGGCCCGACUGGCAGGAACUGGGGAAGAACUGCACGCGUCAUCAUCUUUUGACAAUAAGAUAGCAGUUCCCGAAAUGCAAAAAACCCACAUUUCAUCAUAUGUCCCUUUUAUGAGGACAUUAACCUUCUUUGCGAAUAGAACGAUUUACGAAGUAGCAUCCAGAGGCGCAUCACUGCAUGUUAUAGAUUUCGGUAUUCUCCAUGGUAUCCAGUGGCCCACUCUUAUUCGAGAUCUUUCACAAAGACCCAGUGGCCCUCCAAAACUUCGAAUAACUGGGAUUGAGCUUCCCCAACCUGGUUUUCGUCCUUCCCAAAUGGUAUUGGAGACUGGUUGUCGCUUGGCUAAAUAUUGCAAACGCUUCGGAGUACCAUUUGAAUACAACUCCAUAACAACAAAGAAUUGGGAGGCAAUAAAGAUAGAUGAAUUAAAGCUUGCGAGGGGUGAGGUGGUUGCUGUUAAUUGUACUCUUCGACUCAAAAGCUUACUAGACGAGACAGUAUGUGGUGCGGAUUGCCCAAGGGAUGGUCUCUUAAACUUAAUUCGGGAAGUAAACCCUCACAUCUUUGUGAAUUCUGUGAUUAGUGCAUCUUACAACUCUCCUUUCUUUGUGAAUCGGGUCCGGUCGGCUCUCUACUUCUUCUCUGCUACCUUUGAUAUGCUUGAAUCUAUUUUCCCACACCACGAUGGUCAAAGGUUAAAUUUCGAACAAACAGUUCUGGGGCCUGUCAUAACAAAUAUUGUAGCAUGCGAGGGCAUGGAAAGGUUAGAGAGGCCUGAAACAUACAUGCAGUGGCAAAGUCGCAUGAUGAGGGCGGGGUUCAAGCCUAUGGCCCUGAAUCCUCAAAUUGUCAAAAGGUCGAGAGGCAAGGCUAGGGAAGGAUGCCACAAAGACUUUCUGUUUGCGGAAGACGGUCAUUGGGUUCUGCAGGGGUGGAAAGGCCGGAUUAUGAUCGGCAGCUCUGCCUGGACUACUCACAACCAAAAUAUCCUUUAGAAGAUCAAAUAACAAAAGAUGUCAAAUACAUGAAUAACGAUUGUGAAGCUAAGCUACACAAUUGUAUAUUUGCAUAAUGUUAUAGUUACUCUUUUAAGUUCCUUGGAAAUUCCAAGUUAACACCAAUAGACAUUGCCAAUAAGAAAAGAUGUUAAGGGUGGGCAUAAAAACUAAAUCGAACUCAUACCGAAUUGACCCGUAAUGGUACCAACCCAUAUAUUCGGUAUUUAAACGGUCUAUAGGUUUUUAUCCCGAACCAAAAUCGUACCACUUGAAACGGGUAUAGGACAUGUUCUAGAUUUUGAGAAUAAAAAAUACCAGUCUAAACCGUUCAAAAAUAAUACAUUUAAGAUUUUAUAUUUUUCUCAUUUCUGUAAAUAUAUUGUUCAAAAAAAUAAUUUUAUAUCCAUGUAUGCAUUCAUUUGUUGCAAAAUAG